UCGGAACCCCCGGGUCGGCGAGCUCGGGCCCCUGCAUCCCCGGCCCGCUGCGGGCCCGCCGCAGCGGGCAGCGGGGGCGGGGAUGGUGAACUUGGCCUCGAUGGUGUGGAGGAGGCUCCUGAGGAAGCGCUGGGUGCUCGGCUUGGUCUUCGGGCUGUCUCUCAUCUACUUUCUCACCAGCACCUUCAAGCAGGAAGAAAGGGCAGUGAGAGACCGGAAUCUCCUCCAGGUACAAGACCGGGAACAGCCCAUCCCGUGGAAAGUGCAGUUCAACCUGGGCAACAGCAGUCGCCCAAGCAACCAGUGUCGGAACUCCAUUCAAGGGAAGCUUCUCAUCACGGAUGAGCUAGGUUACGUCUGCGAGAGGAAGGACCUGCUCGUGAAUGGCUGCUGUAACGUCAAUGCCGCCAGCGCCAGGCGCUUCUGCUGUGACGGCUGCUUGUCCAACGGCUGCUGUGGCGCCUACGAAUACUGUGUCUCCUGCUGCCUGCAGCCCAGCAAGCAAUUACUCCUAGAACGGUUUCUCAACCAGGCUGCAGCAGCAUUCCAAAAUCUCUUCAUGGCGGUGGAAGAUCACUUUGAACUGUGUCUGGCCAAAUGCAGGACUUCAUCUCAGAGUGUGCAGCAUGAGAACACCUAUAGGGACCCCAUAGCAAAAUACUGCUAUGGAGAGAAUCCACCAGAACUCUUCCCCGCAUGAUGAGGAACAAGAGCGGAUAGAACUGUGCCCAGGAGGCCAGAAUGGGAGAAAGAGAACACUUGAAGACCUCAGCCUGCAUUUGGGGGAUGGGGGGGGGGGUAUCUCUUCAAACCCAAAAUGAGCCCAUGGGUUAGAAGACUUACCCCGCUGGUGUGUGUCGGGCCUCUGCCUGCCCUUGCGUGAGCUGGAGGAUGGCGCUGGAAGGGGCCGAGAGGAAACCAGGACCCCUCCUCAGCUGCCCACCCUUGUCCCUGAGCUGAACACCUUGGCUGUGCUGGGUGGCCACAGUCUCUCCAGCUGCAGCUUAAAAGGAUCCAGCCUCAAACAGAGCAGAUUCCCCCUCCCUCCCUCCCUUUCCUCUCCUACCUCCUCCAUUCCUACAAAAGACCUGGGAGUUGUGCCCCUUUGGUUGGGCUUUGGGGUACAAUAUUCCACUGGUGGCCCAAGCCCCGGCUUUGUACAUAACUGUAAAUUAUUUAUUGGACUGCUUUGGGAUAUUAGAAAACAGGAGUAUUUCCUGAAGCCAAAACCUAUUGCCUUUCAGCUUCUAGUCACGUGUCCCAGAGCGAAAGGUUCAGUUUCUGCUGGUUCCUUGUGUAAACAUGUUUUGUGACUUAAAAGGACCUAUUUGUGUCCAUUCAGUCAUUUUUCUCCAGGCCUUCUCCCCUCAGGGCUCCGGUUUUUCGUCCAGUGAAAUGUCUUCUCGAUAUCAUCGGCGCCCUCUCGCCUUCAGCCUAAUGUGCAGAAGCAUCUGAUACCUCCCAAGGGACAUGACUGCCUGAACCUGCGCUAGGCCAGCUGCUCUCCCCUUAGGUUUGGCUCAUUCCCCGGCAUCCAAGAGAACAUUUUCCCCAAGGGUGUCGUCCCGGAAUCCCCCUUCUUUCUGAUGCUCCGUGUCCUGCUGCUCCCCUUGGGGAGGCCUUGGUGAAACGAGCCCGGUGUCCGGAAGGGGCCAAAGAUGCCAAGGAUGGCCCUGCAGGGAACGUGUGGCAAGCGUUAGUCCCACUUCUCCCGCAUCAGCUUCCCCAACCCCUCCCCACCCCCCCCCAACCCCCCCCCACCCCCCGGCUCCAAAUGUUCCCAGCUUUGAGGGGCUUUGGUCUGUUUCUGUGUAUUAGAGGGGAGCGAGAAAAAGGGUGGCCCUUUCUGUACGCCAGGAGUGUUUGCCACGUGUGGUCCCCAGGCCAGUCCAGCAACUCCCAGUCCUUUGAGCUAACGAAGAGUGGCAAUGUGACUGUCAUUGAGAGGGUGCUGGUCUGAGAUUCAGACCCCAGAUUGCAAUGUUCAAGUCUCCACUCCACCACUUGUUUGAUAUGUGAUCUUUGGCAAAAGAUCUCCUGACCUCAGUUUUACCAUCUGUAAAAUGGAAGGGACUGGAUUGGACUUUACAGAUGUAAAGUUCCUUUUAAACUUGAUCCUCUGUUUUAGUUUCCUGUCCCUUCCGGGAAAGCCCCACCCCCCUCAGUUCUGGUGCUUUCUUGGUCUGUUGUCCUCUGUGCUACAAGCUCUCCUGCCCAGCUUUGCUUCUUGCUCCGCAGGCUAAGCUCUCCCCCCUCCAAGCUUUGCUUCUUGCUCCGCAGGCUAAGCUCUCCCCCCUCCAAGCUUUGCUUCUUGCUCCGCAGGCUAAGCUCUCCCCCCUCCAAGCUUUGCUUCUUGCUCCGCAGGCUAAGCUCUCCCCCCUCCAAGCUUUGCUUCUUGCUCCGCAGGCUAAGCUCUCCCCCUUCCAAGCUUUGCUUUUUUGCUCUAAGUGCUAAGCUCCCCCCUAGCUUUGCUUCUUGCUCCGCAGGCUAAAGCUC